AAUUGACCGAAUACUAUUAUGCAAGUCUUAGAUGUACUUAAAGGUGUAAGUGCACAAUCCGAGCAAUGUGCAACUCGUUUCAAUUGGUUAUGUCAAGAAUGUUCUGAAGUGCACACACACUUAUCUGUUUACAUAAUCUUGGUCGAUUUUAUCCUAACUUUUCAUUUGAUCUCAGUGGAUGGCAUAUGUAUUCAACCAUUCGUGACAAUAUAUAGUACUCGAUGGAUUGUAUCGAAACGAACACUUACUACCGAAGCAGAUUUUUCACUUAGUUUCAAUUUGUCAGCCAAGAUUGUAUUCGUAAAAUGUAUGUUAAAACCUCUCGUACCAUUAAAUUACGCAAGUACGUACUUGGAAUCUAUGCGGAUAUUCUGCUUCAUAAUCAUUUCUUUAAAAUUGAAGCUUUUCCAUAUCGAGCCGCGUACGGUCGUUGCAUGUCUUAAGAUUUAUAUCCUUGCAGUCCUUUGUGAACUCAAUAUACGAGAACUUUUGCUUAACAGAUGUCAUAUUUUUUUCAAUAAUGCUGCAUAUCUUUUAGAAUAGAAUUCCAAUCCACUAUUCUGGCUAUCUGUCAGGAAUUCACUAUAUCAUUUUUUCGAAAGCACUACUCAAAUUUGUUAGCUACACUGCCUGAUUUCGUUUGUGUUGGGCCUGGUGCCUGAAAUCCUCACUUGAUUGCAGAUAUGCCAUUUAAACAUUGCUCCUGCUCUUACCAAUAUACGACAUAUUGUCA